UUCUCAUCAUUCUUGAGAGAGAAUCACCUAGCAAGAAAUUCUUCUUUUUCUUGAAAUCAAAAUUUUCUUGUUGUUGAAGCAGAUUCAACUUAAAUGGAGAUGAAAAUGAGGGACGAGUCGUCGAAGAAGCGAUUGUCAAGCAAGAAAUUGGGAAGAUUCAUGAAGGAACAGAGAGGAAGGCUCUACAUAAUGAGGAGAUGUGUAGUUAUGCUUCUUUGCUGGCAUGACUGAAUUUUUUUUCUAAAUUAAUUAGGUUUAGUGAAUUAUUGUGUAUGUAUGAAUGUAUCCAUCCCCAGGAAAGGAUUUUGCUCUCAGUUAGUUUCUUUCUUGGCCUUAAUUUUACUGUCAUUUUAUCCUCUAUUUACUGUAAAUAUCUAUCCUACCAUCAUUUUCCCUCAUUAGUGAGAUCAUGAGUCUUUUUCCA